AUGGCGACGCCAGACGUUGACGAAAUGGAACAGUUCCAACAACUCUCCGACCAAUAUCAGCCAAACCUUCCUGGACCGAUGAUAGGAAGUAAAAAGCCUCUAUCCGACCUUGUCACCGAAUACGCACAAGCUGAUCCGACGUAUGUGGUCAAGACGAGAGCGCUUGAAGCAACGCACUCUGCAUAUCGACAGGUCAAAGGUGACGGGCAAUGCGGCUGGCGUGGAGCUGUCUUCGGCUAUUUUGAGACCCUGUUGCGAUCGGGAGAUCCCAGCCUCAUCACCCAAGAGUUGGUUCGACUCCGAAGCUUUGAGCAGACGAUGCGCAGCGUUGGCAUCGACUAUGAACUCAUAACCGACAUGUUCGAGUGUACCUGGCAGCUCUUUGACGCUCUCAAGUCUGCGGUCGAGCGUGGGGAUACCAACGAGGCGGUGUUGCUUAGUGUGUUCAAUGACGCCGAUGUGUCGAAUUCGAUUGUCUAUCAUUUCAAGAUGAUGACAAGCUCCUUCAUGCAACUUCAACCGGACCGGUACGAAGCAUUCCUAGAGAUGUCCGUUCAUCAAUAUUGUGCCACCAAGAUCGACCCUGCAAAUCAAGAGAUUGAUCAUGCCGGGCUUCAAGCAUUGACGGAUGCCGUCAUUGCGCCCGCAUACAUCGCGCUCGAGGUGGCGUAUCUGGACAGAAGUUCAGGCGAUGAAGUGCCGUCGUACAGUUUCGUGAAUGAUGCGAAAGGAUGGCCCACAAUUCGGCUGAUAUAUCGUCCCGGGCACUACGAUAUUAUUUACAAAGAAGACCGGAUGCCUGCUCCAGAGCCACGGGGGUUGCAGGUGUACCUGCAGACAGAUGCUCCUCAUUAUCUCACAGCUGAGGCCCCUCAGGCCUUCAAAUCCGAGGAUCCUCGAGCUCUUGACGAACUGUCCUGCAUGUUUCCGUCCGCUACACACUCGCUGGCGGAUUCGUCGAUGCCGUUUCCCGGCAAUGGCGUCUUCUCAUCCCCAUUCCACAGUCCGCCUGCCAUGAUGUAUGCACAGUCAAAUUCCGCACAAGCGUCGUACUUUCCACCACAUAUGCCGCCCACGACUUUUCAUACGAUGCCACCUUCGCAACACCGGACACAACACGCAUCCCCUCCUCCCGUCAGAACCAACUCCCUUCCACAACGGAGCUAUUCUACGUCAAUGCUGCAGCUAACGCCGCAAAUAUCCCCUUCACCACAAUCUCCUCAGCCCCCGUCUCCGGCGACACCGAAUUCUGCCGUCGCGAAAUCAAUCGUAAUGCCCAACAUGAAGUCGAACGAACCCCAGAUCAGAUACAACGAGAACUGUUUCAAUUACAGCCUUCAGGGCAACAAAAGCAUUCCUCUGGACCCCGCGUCGUUUGGCAGUUCGGCUUUAAGCCCCGCACACUUUGCCAAUUCAGCCUUCCAACCGCUGAUAUGGAAUGCGGAGGAAGAGUAUGGCAAGCGUGACUGA